UGCGUCGCGCGUGCAACGGAACGGUGUUCGUUUUUCGAAUUUUUUUAAACUGAGCUUCGUCGGUGCGGUGUGAAAUUUAUUUUUUAAUUUCAGUGUUCGAAUUUUGAAGUGACAGUGUUUGAAGUGUUUUUAAAAUUGGAAGUGUUCAGUGAAUUAUUAUCUAAUUUGAAGUGAUUUUGACGAUUUCUGAUCGGGAUUUGUCUUUUUAGUGUUGGUUUUGGCGUUAUUCGGAUAAAGCAGAUUAAAAAGAUAAUGACUUGAUUCAUUAGCAUGGUCGGAGAACUCAUCUGACAUGAUGGCCAAGCGGAUGCUGUUCGUGUUAUUGGUGGCAGUUUUAACGAUACCUCAGCUGACAGCUCACAGACAUGGGCACGACAUAUCCACGGAGGAUCCCGAGUUAGACCGUCACGAUAACACCACUCAUCAUGGAAAGGAACACGGCGGCUGGUCUCAGUGGUCUGACUGGUCUAUGUGCUCGAGGACCUGCGAUGGGGGUGUCUCCAGACAGCUGAGGACCUGCUCCUCACCUGCCGGUUGCAGGGGAGAACCAGUGAGAUACAAAAUCUGUAAUAUGCAGCCAUGUCGCGGUAACAUCACUCUUCUUGAAGAAGACUCGUGGAGGGAGCAGCAGUGCAGCGCUCACGACAGCACCCCAUACGGUGGAGAAUUAUUUCAUUGGAGCGCCCAUAGAGAUGACGCGGAGCCCUGCGCGUUGACGUGCCGCGGAGCGCCACAGCACUCAGGACAGAGACCUGAACCGACCGUCUCUUUGGAUGACGAGGAGCGGGUGGUGGUAGCUGUUCUGGCCGCGAGGGUCUCUGACGGCACCAGGUGCAGAGCUGGGAGUCUGGACAUGUGCAUCGACGGGAGAUGUCAGCGCGUCGGCUGCGACCUCCGAGUCGGCUCCACCAGAAGAGUCGACGAGUGCGGUGUCUGUGGUGGGGAUGGGUCCUCCUGCUCCCGGCCCAGGUACCACUGGCUGGCUGCCCCCGGGUCUUUAUGCUCCGCUACUUGUGGGGGGGGUUACAAGAUGUCUUUAGCGGUGUGUAGAGAUCGUCUGACAGGCUCUGACGCCCCCGAAGAACUAUGCGACGCGUCGAGCAAGCCCCAAGCUUCGGUCGUAAGGUGUAAUACCCACCCAUGCCCGUUCAAAUGGUACGUGGGCGAGUGGUCGUCUUGUAGCGUGAGCUGCGGUGGGGGGGUUCGAAGCCGGCGGGUCCUCUGCGCUAGGUCGGCCAAUGUCACCAGAGCGGACACUUAUGAACCAGGAUCCAGUCCAGAACCGGGAUGUGUGGCGCCAGCUCCGAGGUCUACACAACCUUGCAAUACCCAGGAGUGCCCCACGUGGGUCGCCGGACCCUGGUCGGGGUGCUCAGUAUCGUGCGGGGAAGGAGUACAGGUUAGGGGGGUGGAGUGUACCCCGGCUGGAGGGGGGUGCGACCCACUCAUCAGACCGGAGAUCUCCAGACCCUGUUCAACUGGCAUCAGCUGUCCUGUUUACAGGGAACCUGAUGAAAAUGAGGAUGAUAUAGAAGAUUUGCUUCCCGGUGUGGUGUACCAUACACAGCCACUCAUACAGCAGUACCCACCUCCAGGGCCCAAGACGGAGCGACUAGUGGGGGAACCUGACAUACCCGUCGAAGCUACUUACAUCAAGGAUGAUGAGUGGGGCCCGUGCAGCGUGACGUGUGGUGAAGGAUGGAGGAAAAAAGAAGUCCAUUGCAAGAUCUUUCUAGAAUUUAGCAGAACAAUAGCGAAACUACCUGAUAGUAAAUGCAUGGGGCCCAAGCCGGCAGAGGAGACGGAGAGAUGUGUGAUGGAGCCAUGUUCUAUGGCCUAUGGGACAUCCUUUGGUGACUCUAGUGCCCCGUCUUAUAACGGUGGUGAUAGCAGGUCUCUCAUAUACGGUACGUCGAGCAACAUUCGAGUGGCCCCAGGGUCCCCAGGGAAGUCAUACUCCUGGAAGGAGAAGGGUUACACCAGCUGCAGCGCCUCGUGUCUCAGCGGCGUCCAGGAGCUGAUCAUCCAAUGCGUUCGUGAUGAAGACGGUAAAAAUGCAUCACCCUAUAUGUGCGAUCCACUCACCAAGCCCGAGAAUAGAGUUCGGACUUGCAACGAUCACCCUUGCCCGCCCAGGUGGAAUUACACAGAGUUCUCGCAGUGCACAAAAUCCUGCGGCAUCGGCAUUCAGACUAGAGAGGUUUCCUGUAUACACGAGGUAACCCGCGGUGGAACCAAUACGGUCGUGGUGCCGAAUAGCAUGUGUCCCCAGCCACCACCUCCCGACCGUCAGUACUGCAAUGUCCUGGACUGCCCCGUAAGAUGGCAGACAGGGGAGUGGAGCAAGUGCUCCAAGACUUGCGGGGGAGGCGUCAAACAGAGAGCGGUGGAGUGUAAGCAAGUGAUGGCCCAAUCCCACGUGGUGGAGAGACCCCCCGGUAUGUGCAGUUCCCCCAAGCCAGCGGCCACCAAGUCCUGCAACGCCAGACCUUGCCUUUUGGACACUUCUUCACCAGAGAUAUCACUGGCCAACUCCUCGUAUAUACAGCACGAUUUGAAGAAGAAAAAGGUAACAGUUAAAGUUGGCGGAUCAGCGACAAUAUUCCAUGGGACUCAAGUUAAAAUCAAGUGCCCUGUGAAAGGCUAUAACAGAACGAAGAUCCAAUGGGCGAAAGAUCAUCAGAUCAUCACCAAGUCCAAGAAAUACAAGAUAUCUAAGAAGGGAGCUCUCAGAAUAACGUCAUUGUCUCUCCGCGACCACGGGGUGUACACCUGCGUGGCCGGGAGGUCCAGCGCCAACCUCACGCUGCUGGUGAAGCCGAGACCUGGAGAAUUCCCCUCCAGCGAGGAGAUCGAGAGGCACAAGGCUCUGGACGAGCCGUCUUCUCCGCUCUCAGACAGCAGGGCAGACGGGAGGUACAGAGCCAUGAUCGGAGGAGCAUCUGAUGACCAGUCACACGAACAGCGGCCGGGGGACCAAAGGAAGAAUUAUAAGCAAAGACAGAGGGGUAAAAUAGAUAAGGUCCGCGACGCCCUCUACGGGAACACAGCGACAACCACCACAAAAGCCCCUCCGAGCUUCAACUCACAGCUUCCGAGAGAUAUAUACGAUGAAAACGAGACCUUCGGAAACUCGCGGGGCCAAAGAAUGGCUGAUCCGAUUAUGAUGUACCACAACUUCGGUUCCCAUCACGUUCUUAAUUUACAAGACAAACAAAUUGUGUUCCCUGAGGACGAUGAUUCGGACAUAAUCAUCGUGAAUGAAGAUUUUGAAACGAAUACAAUAGAUGAUGGAAGAAUGGAACGUGUUAACAAUUCGGAGGAUAAUUUUGAAACAACAACUGAAUUAAGAUCCGAAGAUGUUCUCGACGCCAAAGACUACGUUUGGAUGACAACGGAGUGGUCAGAAUGCACUGCUCCAUGCGCCAGACCAGGGCAUCAGAUCAGGGGAGCCGUUUGUCAGUACAAGAAAGAUAACACAACAAAAACCGUGGAGACUGACGAGUGCCUCUCCCGGGGGGUGAAACCGCCUGAGGUCCUGAGGGAAUGCCACGGGGAGCCGUGUGCCAACUGGAGGACGUCAGGGUGGUCUCCUGUCAAGUGUCUUGCCAGCGGAACUGCUGUAACACGGCGCCGUGUGGAAUGCGUUGGUGACAACGACACUGUAUUGGCGGACACGGCUUGCGACCAGAGCGUUAGGCCCGAGAAGUCCAAGCGGGAGCCCAGGCCGUGCAGGCCCGCUUGGCUAGUCGAGCCUUGGAGCAAGUGCGUGGGACCAUGCGGAGGUCAAGGCCGCCAGCACAGGUCGCUUCGCUGCGUGUGGCGCUACGGCGUGCGCAGGAGCAAGGAGCGAAGCGCGGCCGCCGCCUGCGAGGGGCUGCGGAGACCUGACGUCAUCAGGCCUUGUGAGAUGAGGUCUUGUGAGUGGUCCAAAGAUGGCGUUUGCCGGGACAGGUCGAGAUUUUGCGAGAAUGUUCGCGCCAUGAACAUGUGCGCGCUGAGGCGGUACAAGGAACAGUGUUGCAAAACUUGUUCAGAUUGAACUUCGACCCUAACAUGUCCUGAAUAAAGGAUAAAAUUGAACGUGAUAAUGUAACUCCACUGGAGCGGAACACUUUUAUUUUAUUGUGUAUUCAUUCGUUUAUAAAAAUAUAUUAUUCAUUUUUGUUUUCGAUUGUACAUUCCAGUGAAUG